UUAAGGAGGAUCCACGUCAUAUAAACCUUGAUGGAAUAUCCGUUGUCUUCAACUUAAGGAACAAUCAAAGAAAGUUAGGUCAGAUCAUGUCCACCAUGGCAACAUAGAGGGAACCGGUGAAGUCUUUAUAUACGUGUCGUAUUUGGCCUUGGGCAAGCUUUAACUAAAGACUGUCUACGGAGGGACUAACGACUUAAGGCGAUAUUGAUAAGCUGGGUUUUCCAAUAACCAUCAGAUUCUGUUACAAAACAAGUGAUAAAGAAACGUAGAGGCAUAUUCCGAUUUAUCGUUCUUUGAUGUUGAAAACAACCAUCGUGUGUGAUACAAACUGAUCAGUGAGUGACGCAUGGCUCAUAUAGAGGAAAGGUAACGACGAUUGGAAAAGUUAAUCGUAAAAAUACACAACACCGUGGAGACGGUGUUUUAUUAAUUACCCGGGGUUGAUAGAGCACUCCGGAUAAUUUACACAGCACGAUUUCUUAAUUAAAACAUAAGGUGAUUUCGACUUAAACUGCGAAUAUAAUUAAAGAAAUGGAGCCGAAUGUGUCUAACUGAGAAAUCUCACCAAGUUCAGUGAUGAAAUGAGACUCUUAGGGUUAUUGACAUAUUGUUAUGUACUAUAACUACAAAUGAUAGAAUAUAUGAUUUGGGAUUCAAACACGGGUAUAACAUUUUGAUAUGGCAGCGGAUAACCUAUCAGCUAUUGAAGAUACAUCAACGAUGAUCAUGGAGAUCCUUGCUAACAUUACAACAACAGCGCCGAAUACGACAGAGAGAUCAGAAGAACUGAUGAAUACGGUAUGGUUUCGAACCGUCUUUAUUGCCUGCUAUUGUGUAAUCUUCCUGCUUGGGGUUACUGGAAACUCGUUAGUGGUAUUUGUCGUCGUUAGAAAUAAAUCAAUGCAGAGCAUCACAAACAUAUUCAUUACCAAUCUGGCGGUAUCCGACAUCAUGAUGUGCUUGCUAUCUGUGCCAUUCACCCCGCUAUCGGCCUUCCUUCCAUCGUGGGUGUUCGGUGAUGCGAUGUGCCAUGUCAUCCCCAUGAUUCUUGGCGUGAGUGUUUACGUAUCGACACUCACAUCCACAGCUAUUGCCAUCGAUAGAUACUUCGUCAUCGUACAUCCUUUUAAGCCAAGGAUGAAGGUAUCCGUGUGUCUUCUAUUAAUCUUAGCCAUUUGGAUAAUAUCAAUUACUAUAUCUCUACCGUUGGCCAUUUACCAGAAAGUAAAAUGGAACGAGGAUGAAUACGCAUUCUUUUGUGUGGAACACUGGCCUAAGAAAGCGUCCCGCCAGUUUUUUACGGUGACAAGUCUCAUACUACAGUACAUUGUGCCUUGUAGUGUCAUCACAUUUUGCUACACGAAAGUAUCCCUCGUUUUGCGCAGACGCUCAAAAACAAAAAUCGGAAGCAGCAGUAAAACAAAGGACAGAGACGAACUCGAGUUGAAACGAAAAAGACGCACAAAUAAGAUGUUAAUCGCGAUGGUCGCAAUAUUCGUCUGUUGUUGGCUCCCAUUAAACAUUGUGCAUAUUUUUGCUGAAUAUGAAGAAACUUUAAAGGACUGGCCGUAUUACACUUUACUAUUCUUUAUCAGCCAUAUUGUCGCAAUGAGUUCGGCCAUCUAUAACCCAUUUCUUUACGCAUGGAUGAACGAAAAUUUCAAGAAAGAAUUUAAAACUGUUCUUCCGUGUUUAUUCAACACGUUUUCGUCACAAUAUAAUGGGAGCGCCUCACAGUAUACUACUGUAGAUACUCAAAACUCUGUCAUUAAUAGGUCACCGCCAAAGGAAAGGAAUGGAAAUAGUAUUUGUAAUCUCGAAAACUCUGUAGUUUACGAACCUGAUACCGAGAGAGUAAGCCUUAAGCUUGGUUCUGUAAAUUCUGAAAACGUUUAAUAGGCUAAAGCUUAGCAUCUAGAGGACACUAAUACUGUGCGCUAAAGGAUUUGGUUGCUCAUUUAGAAGGUCGUUAUGAUUGGAGAUGAUUUGCAGGGCUAAGACGAAGAACGUGAAUGUUUUAAGGAAACGGCCCGAAAUGUAUAAAUAAUGUGUAUUUAGCAAGGGUCUAAUUCCAACAUUGGAAAAUAAUCCAAGGACGUAAUCAGAAGCGAGUAUUCUCAUUCUCGCUAUCGAGUCAAUCUCUAGCAAAUGAAAGCUGAAGAACAUUGGUUCUGAAUAGACAAUGAUUGAUGGUAUCCAAACAUGGGUAAUUUCACGUUAUUAAACUAAAGAGUUAUUACUUCAGGAGCUAACACACGAUACAAGACAAUACCUUCUUAUUGUUAUAUAUCAACUUAAUGUAGCUGCUUAGAGCCUAUAACACAAAAGACCCUAUAUAUUUGAACUAGAGACGAUUGGAUAUGCCAACAAAAAUACCAUCCAUUGGUGACAAUUUAUGAGGCAAUUUAAGUAAUGGGAGAGGAUUUGUUAUGUGUCAUACUCACAUUCCGACACAUGUCGGUAAUACAAUAUAUUACAGUAAAGUUAUAUAACAAAUUAAUCAACACGACUCCAUCGACUGUCUGCAAUGUCGGAUUCCUGCCUUCCGUAUUGGAGUCAGCUUUCUUUUGUUUUCAUAGCAACCACAUACAGUAGAACCUGUCUAAUUUGAACACAUAUGGGACCGGCCAAAAAUGUUCAGAUUAGCGGGGGUUCAAAUUUCAAGGUUUAAUUAACAUGUAAGUCAAUAGAUAACAAAUGUUGGACGGAGAAAAAGUGAUCAAAUUGAGAGGUGUUCGAAUUUGAGAGGUGUUCAGAUAUACAGGUUUCACUGUAGGUAUUUUACAAUUAUGAAAACAAUUUCCCAUACAGAUCUACUGUAUGCUUUCCUUAAAAUCUUAACACUCCUACAUGUAUGUACAAUUCUAAACUAAAUCGCAGCCUUUUGAAAGAUCUAUGAAACAUGGUGAUAGAGAAGUGGUUUGCACAUGAGAUAUUAAAAUCAUGACGCAUCGACUAUGGUUUGAAAUAUGGCUCUUGAUAAUCUCGGAACCAAAUUUCCUUUAUACAUAUUCACCAUUUUUUGAAAAUCAGUUAAUGAUUAUAUAUAUCUAAACAGUCGACUGCCAAAUAGAUACACUCUCCUACAUAAGAUUGGAAAAAGUUUUACAUA